GACCCGUAGAUACGUCGGUCAGCCAGUGCACGGACCCUAUACUCAUGUCUGCCUCUAAACUGUCAUUAGCAUUCGUCUUCUUCAACCCCGGCGAAACACUCUGUCAGUCUGUCCAUUGCACUGUUAUAACCACUCUCCAGCAUGCAACCAAGCAUAGCCAACUCGACUAUGCAACUGCCAGCCCAUUCCGCACGGAAAGCCGGUGGCAGUGCUCGGUCGCGCCGGGCCGUCCAAUCCAAGGGGUCGUGUUCGCUGCGGAACCUCGCCAUCCUUGCCAUGGUAGCAUGGAGCUUCUUCCUGUACCUGCACUUCUCGUUGAUCAGCGGUGCGGAAGAGGUGAGCAACGGCGACCCGUGCCGGGGGCGGUACAUCUACGUCUACGACCUGCCGCCGCGCUUCAACACCGACAUCAUCCGGGACUGCCGCAAAGCCGGGGGCCGCUGGGCCGACAUGUGCGCGUUCCUGAGCAACGGCGGCCUUGGCCGGCCGCUCGCCGACGACGGCAUGGACGGCGUCGUCACUGGCAAAGCUGGGUGGUACAACACGCACGAGCUCGCGCUGGACGCCAUCUUCCACAACCGGAUGAAGCAGUACGAGUGCCUGACCAACCGCUCCGCUGCGGCCUCCGCCGUGUUCGUCCCGUUCUACGCCGGCUUCGACUCUCUGCGCUACCGGGUGGGCUACGACAAGGCCACCAGGGACGCCGCGUCGGCGGACCUGUCGUUCUGGCUCACCGUACAGCCCCAGUGGGGGCGCAUGGCGGGGCGCGACCACUUCCUCGUCGCCGGGCGAACAGGGUGGGACUUCAGGAGGAGGAGCGGCGCCGACGCGAACACGGACCGGGGAAACGGCCUCCUCCUCACGCCAGCCGGCCGGAACAUGUCCCUGCUCGUGCUGGAGUCCACGCUGGAACACGGCAGCGACUUCUCCGUGCCGUACCCGACCUACUUCCACCCCAGGUCGGACGCCGACGUGCUCCGGUGGCAGGCCAGGGUGCGCGCCCAGCACCGGACGUGGCUCAUGGCGUUCGUGGGCGCGCCGCGCCGGAACGUUCCGACGAGCACCUGGGUACGGGAUCACGUGAUCGCGCAGUGCAAGGCGUGCAGCGCCUGCGCCAUGCCGGGGUGCGCGCGCAGCCCCGGCAGUGCCCAGUGCCACAGCCCCGCCAGCAUCGUGCGGCUAUUCGAGAAGGCCAUCUUCUGCCUGCAACCACCUGGCGACGACGGCUCCAGCACGCGACGGUCGGUGUUCGACUCGAUGGUGGCCGGCUGCAUUCCGGUGUUCUUCCACACGGCGUCGGCGUACAAGCAGUACCGGUGGCACCUCCCCAGGGACGACCACCUCAGGUACUCUGUGUUCAUCCCGGACGCCGACGUGAGGUGGCGCAACGUGAGCAUCGAGGCCGUGCUCCGGGCGAUUCCUCCGUCCACGGUGGAGCGGAUGCGGGAGGAGGUGAUCAGGCUCAUCCCGACUUUGCUGUACGCCGACCCCAGAUCGAAGCUGGAGACGCUCAAGGACGCGGUCGACGUCGCCAUUGAGGGGAUCCUAGACACGGUGACGCGGAUCAAGAACGGAGAGCAAGUCAACUGUUGCGGGCCGGUGGACAAGGAUCCACCGAACCUUUUCGCCGCGACGGCAUCAAGGAUCCCGCCGAAGGGAGCCAUGCGAGCAGUUGACCAGAACCGGUAAUUUUGAAUUACUUCCAAGAAAGAGGAGAAUUGAUAUGGACAACGUCUUCAGAUGCCGCACAGGUCAGCGGAGUUGAGGCAGCCGUGUAGGUCAUUCUCGUAUCUACGAGCAUAUGUUCAGGUUGAUUUGGUGACAAGCGAACCACGGGAGAUUGAAGGGCUCUGUUCACUAAAUCAGCCCUUAGCAUUCCCGGAUCCCCAUGGACCAUGGCAUUCUGUGGCGGCACAAGUCACAUACUUCCGAUCUGAUUCUAAUAUAGAGGGUCUCUAUCUAUAGACUAUAGUUAUAUCAUGUCAUCUCAUGUUAUCGACUUUGCUACCAAUAUUGGUCGACUCUUAUCUUAGACUACGAUCA